AUGCUCACUCGAUCUUGGUUAUAUCCGCUCAGUGCACCCAUAUAUGAAUUCAGCUGUGUCUACGAGGCACUGGUUGCUAUUGCGGAUUGCAUCCAAUCUCAUGGCCAGGCAUUUUCACCCUACGUCAUCUCAGAUGGUGGCAAAGAGACCGACGAGCUAUUUCCUAUCUCCUUUAUGCAAGCUGACACAUCCUGGAACAUGGGACUUGUUCAUCCAGCAAUGUCAGACUGGGGUCGCGUUAAUCAUACAGGUCUUGAUGCAAACAAUAUGCGACGUGGCCUACUGUACGAUCAUGCAUUUGCAUCCUGGUCUACGCGAAGCACAUCUAUAAAAGGAAGAUCUCCAUCAAAGAUCUUUGACAAGCCUGCUGGCACCGCUUCAAUGCUGUCCUCCCAACAUGGCGCUCUUCACUUUGACGAUUCUCUUGCUCACCCUUCUACUCAUUCUCCCACUCAGGCUUCCACUUCUCGUACUUCUACCCGUACUUCUACCUGUACUUCUGCUGCUCGUACCACCACUGCUCGUACCCCCACUGCUCGUACCCCCACUGCCCAUACCCCCACUGCCUGUACAUCUGCUGCACAUGCUUCCUCCAAUGUCUCACCUGUUCCUAUGUUCGACACACCUUCUACAUCAACAAUCCCUUCUGCACCCUCAACUUCCAUGAUCCCUUCUCAACCAGCUUCAACUGCACCUUCACGCGGAAGAUGCGGCACAGGUAAAGGCAAACAACAAGGACGAAAGGGUACAGAGGCAAGAGAAGGUCCCGCUGGUGCUGCAGAGGGCUCAUCUACUGGUACCAGUCGUCCUAGCGAUGCCCCUCCUGAUUCCUCUGCUGCCAUGCGCAAGCGAGGUUUUGAUGUUUUGCAAGGCAAACAAGCUGAUGGCCCAUCUAAACGACAAGUUCACCUUCACCAUGUACUGAAGGUGAACAUCAAGCCCAAGCGCAUCAUCCAAAGUCUUCAGCAAAAGGGCGGCAUUUAUGAGCUGACAGGCACUCGCGCUUGGAUGGCCAUCCAGAUGAUGUUCGCACAAAAACCAGGCCAAGAUACUAUUCGACGCGAAAUUGCACAUGAUCUGGAAGGUUACUAUUAUGUGAUCCUCACCCUCGCAUUCAUGUUUGAUGCGCCAUAUAUGUUGAAGAAAGUUCCGCACCCAGAUACAGCAAGUGGAGGGGAGAUGUUCCAUCGUUGGCUUGAGAACACGAUCAAGAAGGAGAUCUGGCACGAGGCUGUAGAGAAACAACACUAUUUGGCUACUGAUGCAGGGUUCGCUAUGGUGGACGGAGUGUUAGGGAAUGACUGGGUGAAUGAGCCUAUCAGGAUGAUGUUGAGGGAGAUGAGGACAGUCCUCUUCAUUGAAAGUGCACCAAGCCACUCCCGCAUGCUCGACAUUAUCCACACUGCGCUUUUCAAGAUCCGUACUGAUCAUACACUAGCCCAUCUCUGCCAGCCUCAACAAAUGACCAAUGAGUGGGCCAGGGCAGUGGGUGGCAGUGGAUUUGCCCAAAGCUCACCAAUGCUCCCUGCCUUGCGGAUGAACUUGUUGUACCACAAGGAUCGUCAAGAUGCAGAUCACAAUCUCUUUGCACGCAUGCCCUGUCUCCUCAUGCAAGAACGCAAGCUCACGCCUGGUAACUCAUCACAGUACCUCAAAGGCACUGGUGGAAAGACUGCUGAUCACAUUAAUGUCAUGGCUGCAAAGGUGGUGCUCAAGGAACUUCGGAAAGAAUGGGCAUCUUAA